UAAAGAAGACCACCAUGUGGAGACAGGCUGAUGGCAUCAUGUGUCCUUGGGUAACCUUCACAGGCCUCAUACUACUUUGGACAGAUGCUGUGGUGUCUCAGGUACGAGUGAGUGGAGUGGUGUGUCAGCCUGUCAUGCUACCCUGCACGUACUCCACAGUUAGAAAAGUCACAACCAUGUUCUGGGGCCGAGGGCCAUGUCCUUGGUCUCUAUGCUCAAAUCAACUCAUCGGGACUGAUGGACACCGUGUCACCUUUCAGAGGAAUGUGUGUCAUGAACUCAAUGGACUCAUUUCUAAAGGGAAUGUGUCUUUAACCAUAAAGAAUGUGACUCAGGCUGACAGUGGCACAUAUUGUUGCCGUGUGGAGCUCCCGGGGUGGUUUAAUGAUUUGAAAGUCAACAUAUGAUUGGAGGUAAAGCCAGCUCAACCUAAGGUCACCAGCGUUCCAACAUCAGCUAGGGUCUCUACCUCUGCUCCUACAAUGCCAGAAUCCAUGCAGAACCUCAAGACAGAUACUACUUCAUCUUCUCCAAUGUGGACAGCAGAAACUAAGACUGUCACACCACAAGAAACAAUUACAACCAGCUUACCACUGAACCCUUGCCUAGCAGAUGGGAAUGGCAGUGUGGCAUAGCACUUAGAUGGUGUUUGGGAAUACAAUGAAACUCACAUGUGCCUAGACCAAAAGUCGUCAAUGAUCACCAGUGAAGCACGCUACAUUGGAAUCUCCGUUCCGGCUGUGCUAUUGCUCACUAUUUUGACUGCCAUCAUUAUCAAAAAAUAUUUAUGCACAAGAAGAAAGGUGUUGCAAAUAUGCAAGGUUUCAUCUAAUGACCCUAAGAAUGGAACUUUGGAAAAUCCUGCUGCAGUGCACUACCGAGCAGAUGAGAAUAUCUACAUUGGGAACAAUCUUUACAACGUGCCUUCAGACCCCAUGGCCCGCUAA